AUGAUGAGUCAUUAUAGUGAUCUUGAAUUUCUCUAUGGUGAUAAUGGGGCUAAGAAUGUUUAAGAUUUAGAAUUGAUUAUGUAAUAGGAAGAAGCUGUCUCUCCAAAUAUUUUUGCAGUUGUCAUAAUUCAUUAAUUGAGCAAUAACAUUGAAUAGACUAUCUCAAGAAAUGACGUUAUAGCAGCUAUAGAACAAAUUAUAAAGAGAAAAUUCUAGGGAGAAAUGGUAAUUAACAUGUCUAAUAAAUAGAAGUAAGUAAGAUCAAUUGAUGUGAAAAUUGAACCAAUACUAUCAACUUCUGUUAAAAAGGCUUGUUGCCUGAUUUAAGUGGAGGAAAGCAUAAUUCAAUAAUUAAAAGGAAAUAAAAUGCCUUUAUAGUUUAGUGACAAAGAUCAAGAUAAGGAGUUGAAUGCAAUUUUUGAGGUUACAUUUUUUGAAUUCAAUGAAUUUAAUUAAUGUAAUCUAUUGAGGAAUGGAAAAUUUGCUAAAGAAUUUGCAGUGAUCAGACCAUAUUAAGAGUCUUAAAGGUUAACAUCCAUAAUCUUGUCCAUCAAUAAAAUGGAUUAACAGAUUUACGCAAUAAAAAAAGUAAGAAUAACGGGAGAGUUUACUUGGCAGAAAUUAUACUAUAAUAAAAUUACACAAAUUAGAGAAGUCAAAGCUAUGUUACGCCUUUAACAUCCAAAUGUAAUUAGAUUAUAUAGUUGGUGGAUCGAAGAAGAAAUUAGAGAAAGAAAUAACAAAUAUAUUUAUCUUUAUUAGCAAUUAGAAUAUGAUUCAUAUUUAGGUUGCAAUAAUUUAUUGUAAUUUAGUUUGAUACACCUAUCAAAAGCAUCAGAAAAAGAGAAAAGAAAAACUAUGCAAUCUUUAAUACAUUAAUUAAUUUCUGGGUUGGAAUACAUUCAUAAUUAAGGAUUCUUUCAUAGAGAUUUAAAGCUAGAAAAUCUUCUAAUUACUUAAGAUGAUGCUGGAGAGAUGGCUCUAAGAAUUUGCGAUUUUGAUUGGAGCAUAUCUCAUUAAAAUGAUGAUGGAUAAAAUAAUAAUUAGCUAAUAUUUAGUAAAUAUUAUGGAACAACAGAACUCAAAGUUGGGUUAUAAAGGAGAGAAAUAGUUUAUGAUGCAAGAGAAGAAUUAUUUUAAGUUGGAAUAAUUAUAUUGGAUCUCUGUGAUCCAACUUUUACUAAGGAAGAAAGAAUUUAAAUUCAAAUGAAUGCCACAAAUAAACCCCAAAUUCUAUAAAAUUAUAAACUUGAGUUACAAAUUAUUUAAGCAUUACUUAGGAAAGAUUUUUAAUCUGUAUAAAAGUUUAGAACUUCACAACUUUAUAAUCAAUACAUGCAAAUGUGA